AUGCCUUCCCAACGGCGUGUGCGACUGCUUGUCGUCGCUGUUAUUGCGAUCUUGGUCUUGACCUUUUAUUACUCGGACGAAGCGAGCAAAAUACAGAACCAGAAGUUCUACCGAUCUACACUGGAAGCCAUGCGGGCCAAGGAAGAGGCGAAGCAUACGAAACCGAACGAUAAGAUCCAGGAUACUACUGUCAAGCCCGGCACCGGCGCUGGAGGUGCGCAGGUUGGCAGUGCUGAUGUCGAGCGACCCGCUGUGCCGCUGGCGAAGGGGACGGAGAACAAGAACGAGGAAAUGGAGGAGAUUCCUAUUGCGGGGCGGACGAAGAUGACGGUGCCCAAGGCCAAGGGUGUGCAGGAUUCGUCUUUGAAUACGGGGGCAUCGGACGAGGACAAGAAGGUGGAAGAUGAGAAGGAGAGCGCCGAGCAGCUGGAUGCAAAGAGCGAGCUGAACUCGAUUCUGAAGAGAGCUCCAGUCAUCAUAUUCUCCAAAUCCUAUUGUCCGCACAGCAAGAGAGCCAAGAAUAUCUUGCUGGGCCACUACGAUAUCACACCAGAGCCAUUCGUCGUUGAGCUCGACCAGCACCCGAUCGGACCGGCUCUUCAACAACUUCUGAAGGAGAAUACCGGACGGGGAACUGUUCCCAAUGUCCUGGUGAAUGGCAAGAGUAUUGGAGGUGGAGACGACGUGGCUGCCCUGGAUCAGAGCGACGAGCUGGCAUCGAAGCUACGACAACUGGGCGGGAAGUGGAUUGCGGAGGUCGUGCAUAAGACUCCGGAAUCUGCGUAA